CAGUGCCCACAGCUUUGGAAUGAGUAAAACUUCUUAGGAGGUAUAAAAGGUCGGCUGCCCUGUCUGGCAGGUGCUCUGCUGACAGCAACCUUCCUCCUAUAGCUCAACUCCUCACACGGACCCAAGGGAAAAAAGAACAUUAACCAAGGAAAAUCUGUCCACAAUGCCACAAAACGUUAUUCUCCAAGGACCGUCACCCUGGGGAUUCAGGCUCUCAGGAGGAAUAGAUUUUAACCAACCCUUAAUCAUAACCAGGAUUACACCUGGAAGCAAGGCUUCAGCUGCCAACCUGUGCCCUGGUGACGUUAUUGUAGCUAUUGAUGGUCUAGGCACAGAGAACAUGACACAUAAUGAUGCCCAGGAGAGAAUUAAAGCAGCUACACAUCAGCUUUGUUUGAAAAUAGAGAGGGCAGGAACUAAGUUAUGGUCCCCACAAGUUUCAGACGAUGGCAGAGCACAUCCCUUCAAGAUAAAUUUGGAAGCUGAACCUCAGGAUAUCAACUACUUUGAACACAAGCAUAAUAUUCGGCCCAAACCUUUCAUAAUCUCAGGCCGAAGCAGUGGAUGCAGCACUCCUUCGGGGCUGGACUGUGGCAGUGGGCGCAGUACCCCCUCUUCAAUUAGCACGGUCAGCUCCAUCUGCCCCACCGAGCUGAAAGCUGUGUCUAAGAUAGCCCCUAACGUUCCCCUGGAAAUGGAGCUUCCCGGUGUCAAGAUCGUGCACGCUCAGUUUAACACACCUAUGCAGUUGUACUCAGAUGACAAUAUCAUGGAAACACUGCAAGGCCAAGUUUCUACAGCUCUGGGGGAAACACCUGUCAUAAGUGACCCAUCUCCCAACUCAGUGUCUCAGUCUGACGUGUACAAGAUGCUGCACGCCAACCAGGAGGAGCCCAGUCAGCCGCGCCAGUCUGGCUCCUUUAAGGUGCUCCAGAAUUUAGUCUCCGAGGAAGAUGGGCGCCCUGUGGGAACAAGAAGCGUGAAAGCGCCUGUAACGAAGAUACCUACUGCCAUGCCUGGUGUCCAGAAAGUGCCACUGUGUGACAAAUGUGGGAGUGGAAUUCUAGGGACGGUGGUGAAGGCACGUGAUAAAUACCGGCAUCCAGAAUGCUUCGUGUGCUCUGACUGCGAUCUCAACCUGAAACAAAAAGGCUAUUUCUUUGUGGAGGGCCAGCUGUACUGUGAAGCUCAUGCACGCGCCCGCAUGAGGCCACCGGAGGGGUACGAAACAGUUACGGUUUACCCAAAAUGCUAGUCUUAGGCUAACACACAAACAUAUGCAUGCACACAAAGAGCCUUUACCAGCUUAGAACUGCAGUACAAGUGUCAGGACUUCUGCCUAAACCCAAAGUAGCAGCUUUUAAACCUUUCCCUGUGGGAUUCUGGGAGAGGUGGAAGUCCUUAUUAGCCAGCAAUAGCACACUACACCAGCAAAAUUCUGCUAAAAUACUGUUUUUAAAACUGUCAAUAUAACUCAGAGAAGUAUAAACUAACACAGCUCUCCUGGAAUACAAAAAGUAAAACAGCUGAGGUAUUACAUGAAUGCUACAGCAUUAUGUUCAUAUAUAUAUAUAUUUAUAAUAUACAUAAGUGCUGUAACCAAGACAUUAUUUUUAACAUAAAUUAAGUAUUUGUGCAAACACCAACACCAUCAAAGUCUUACAGGCUGGGCCACAAUAAAUGUAGAAACUUGACAGAUCAUUAGAAAAGCAGCUAUUUUACAUGUUUAGUACAAAACAAGCAGUUGAUCAUGUCUGCUAUUAUUCAACUAGCAUUAAUGUACACCCCAAACAUGUUUUGCUUACUUUGCUCUGAAUUUGGGGUUAUAUUGCCUUAAUUUUCUGAUGCAGAAACUGUGAUAAAAAAAUAAAUGUCAAGUCACACAAUAAAAUGGUUAGUAUAAUAAAGACUGGUUAGUAUGAAGCAAAGCAAAAGUUCUGCGUUGUCAUAAUGAUUUUGAAAUUAUAUCAACUUCCACGUCUCUUUGCAAAAGAUUGUUCUGAGGGAUGCACACACAUAACUUGUUGGGUUUUUUUGUAAAAAGAACCUCACACUCUAAUAAGAAUUCAUUUUGAAUUGAGAAUGAAAGCAAAUUUUAAACCUUUUCUGCAGAAAAUGAUACUGGAUAUUUGUAUCUCUGCCACUCAAUUUCCAUAAUAGAAACAAUGGGGAAAUAUCAUCACAAUAUAUUGCUGGUAAAUUAAAGCUUGGACAGCUUUAAAAAUAAAUGUUAAUUAAAAUAUGCAAAGGCAAGGUCUUUUAUCAAAAAGCCUAGUGAAGUUCUAAGGAAUAAAAAAAAGAAGCUGAAUUGUAAUCAAUUUCUGAAACU